AUGCUCGAGGUGCUGGUGCUGAAGAUUGAAGAUCCAGGAUGCUUCUGGGUUAUGAUAAAAGGAUGUAGUCCGUUUUUAGAUCAUGAAGUUGAUUACCAAAAACUAAAUAGUGCCAUGAAUGACUUCUAUAAUAGCAUGUGUCAAGAUAUAGAAAUAAAACCGUUAAUGUUGGAAGAAGGGCAGGUCUGUGUGGUGUAUUGUCAGGAACUGAAGAGCUGGUGCAGGGCUGUUAUUAAGUCCAUUGUGUCUUCGGCAGACCAUUACCUGGCAGAAUGUUUCCUUGUGGAUUUUGCCAAGUACAUCCCAGUGAAAUCUAAAAACAUCCGAGUUGCAGUAGAAACUUUUAUGCAGCUUCCCUACCGAGCGAAAAAAUUCAGGCUGUAUUGCACGAAGCCUGUUACAUUACACAUUGACUUCUGUGAAGACAGCGCUGAGAUUGUACCUGCCAAGAAGUGGGACAGCGCAGCUAUUCAGUACUUCCAGAACAUCCUAAAAGCAACCACCCAGGUGGAAGCCAAAUUGUGUGCCGUGGAAGAAGAUACUUUUGAGGUCUACCUUUAUGCAACUAUAAGAAAUGAAAAAGUCUGUGUUAAUGAUGAUCUGGUUGCGAAGAACUUCGCUCGUUACAUAUCACCCAAGGAGAAUAAAAACGUUGAUUCUGUAGAGAAAUCAAGAUUGAGUAUAAAGUCAGCAUCCUUUUCCAGUAAACUCAAUCCAGCACUUACUCUCUGGCCAGUGUUUUUGCAAGGAAAAGAUCCGCAAGGAAUGGAAAAUUCACGUGGUUUAACUUUUCUGGCUCAGUCCCUCCAGCAUCCGGGGCCCAAGGGUGGUGUUGGUGACCUUGGGCCAGCUGCUAUGUAUCUGGAUAAAACUAUAAAAUGUAAUCUGGAUUCAUUGAGAAGUUCACCUAAAAAAAAGUCUGAAAAGAAACAACAGUGCAUCUCUUUGAAAGAUGUAAAUAAGUGUGUUGAAUCCUCCACGUACUGGCCAACAAAGAGGGGGAUAACCAUAUAUGCUGAGCCAGAUACACCAGCAGCAAGCGCUUUAUGUCAGAGGCCAAAUGAGAAACCACUUAGGUUGGCCGAGAAGAAAGAACACAAUGAGAAGAAUGGCUGUGUGAAAUUGUUGCAGUUUUUAAAUCCUGAUCCUUUGAGAACUGAUGGGAUCUCUGAUCUACAGCAGUUGCAGAGGCUGCAGUCCGGCUCCCAGCAGCCCUCGGCCGUGCUCAGGCACAAGAUCGAGCCUUGUUUGUCCGUUGAUGCGUCGCCGCUUUCGGCAGACGUGAGAAAGGCUCUUCAAAGAAACAAGUUCCCAGGACCUAGCCACACGGAAUCCUACUCUUGGCCUCCCAUAGCCCGGGGCUGUGACGUGGUGGUCAUCUCUCACUGUGGAAAUGAUCCUCUGCUGUACCUCCCACCAGUCCUUACAAUUCUGCAAACGGGGGGCUGCUACAAGUCUUUACCAAGUAGAAAUGGACCUCUGGCAGUCAUCGUGUGCCCUGGGUGGAAAAAGGCCCAAUUUACUUUUGAAUUACUGGAAGACUAUAGCACAUCCUCCAGGCCUCUUCAUCCCAUAUUGUUAACAAUCGGACUCCACAAAGAUGAAGCCAAAAACAUGAAGCUUCCAAGGGGGUGUGACAUCAUUGUUACAACACCCCACAGCCUCCUGAGACUUCUCAAAUACCAAAGCUUGUUAUUUCUUAGACUCUGUCACCUCAUCUUGGAUGAGGUGGAAGUGUUAUUCUUUGAAGCUACUGAAGAAAUGUUUGCUAUAUUAGAUAACUUUAAAAAAAAUAUUGACGUUGAAGAAAGGGAAUCUGCACCACAUCAGAUGGUUGCCGUCGGCGUUCAUUGGAGCAGACAUAUAGAGCAGUUGGUCAAAGAGUUCAUGAACGACCCCUACAUCGUGGUCACAGCCAUGGAAGAGGCUGCUCUCUAUGGCAGCGUCCAGCAGGUAGUACACCUUUGCCUAGAAUGUGAAAAAACCUCUACUUUACUCCAGACUUUAGAUUUCAUUCCAAGUCAAGCACAAAAGACCUUGAUCUUCACCGGUUCUGUAGCUGAAACAGAAAUAGUGUGUAAGGUAGUAGAAAGCAGUUCAAUAUUUUGCUUGAAAAUGCAUAAAGAAAUGGUUUUUAAUUUAAAAAGUGUUUUAGAACAGUGGAAGAAGAAGUUAAGUUCUGGCUCUCACAUUGUAUUAGCCUUAACGGAUGAUUGCAUACCACUCCUCACCAUCACUGAUGCCACGUGUGUGAUCCACUUCAGCUUUCCUUCCUCCCCCAAAAUCUUUGGUGGACGCCUGUACUGCAUGUCUGCUCGUUUUCAGAGUUCCACCGAGCAGGGUUCUCCUGCAGAACAGGGAGAUACGAAGACCAAAUCCGUCUUGCUGCUGACAGAGAGGAAUGCGUGCCACGUGGUCGGCGUCCUGCGCUACCUGGAGCGGGCAGAUGCCAAGAUUCCCUCGGAGCUGUAUGAGUUUACUGCAGGGGUUCUGGAAGCCAAAGAAUAUAAAAAAGCCGGAAGGCCUCUUUGUCCUUAUCUUAAGGCUUUUGGUUUUUGCAAAGACAAAAGGAUCUGUCCUGAUAGACACCAUGUUAAUCCAGAAAUAGAUAUGCCAAGGAAAUUAUCCAAUCAAACUCUACCAACAUUUGGAUACAUCAAAAUAAUACCCUUUUAUAUUUCGAAUGCAACGCAUUAUUUUGGUCGUGUAAUUGAUAAACAAGUGGAUCUUUAUGCAACUCUUAAUGCUGAAAUGAAUGAGUAUUUUAAGGGUAACAGCAAUAAAACGACCGUUGAAAAGGUGGAGAAACUCGGAUUAUAUGGAUUAGCAGAAAAAACACUUUAUCACAGGGUUGAGGUGCUGGAGCUGAGCCAAAAAGAAGACACCUGGGGUCCGGACAGUGUCCUUGUGAAGUUUAUAGAUGAAGGCCGGACUGGACUCGUCACAAGAGACCAACUGCUGCGUCUUCCGGAAAAUUUCCACACUCUGCCCCCCCAGGCGGUGGAGUUCAUUGUUUGCAGAGUGAAACCUGCUGACAAUGAAGUUGAGUGGAAUCCAAAGGUUACUAGGUACAUUCAUCGUAAAAUUAUUGGAAAAUUGCAUGAUGCCAAAGUGAUAUUGGCUUUAGGAAAUACAGUGUGGAUCGAUCCAAUGGUGCACAUUACAAAACUUUCAAAUUUGAAGACCUCUGUUAUUGACUAUAAUGUUCGUACUGAAAUUUUGUCGAUGGGAAUGGGCAUUGACAACUCGGAGCAUAUAGAACAGCUGAAGAUGUUACACGAAAGAGCUAAAAUGCCACCUGAUGAAGAAAGCCUGAGCCAGGCCCUGGCGCCUUCUCCAGCAGAAGAUGCUGCUCGUCUGCAGAGCCCACAGCAGGAGGACAGAGGCUUGGAAAGAGGUGCCGACUCCGGGGCAAAGCCAGAAAACCAAAAGCAUGAAACUUUACCUGAAAACACAAGUGAUUCUCCCCUUCACAGAACCACAGAGCCUCUGAAAAGCUUCCACCCACAGAUAAAAUGGUUCCAAAAAGAUGAUGUGGUCAUACUGAAGAUAAGAAUAAGGAAUGUAAAAGAUUACAAAUGUAAAUAUUUCCAAGAUAGAGUCGUUUUCAGUGGCUGGGCGGGAGAGAAGUUUUACUUGGCUGACAUGGAGCUGCGGGCCAGCAUAGUAAAGGACGCCUGCAAGUGCGCAAUCACAAACGGGGAGCCUGUGAUCACUCUUGCCAAAGAGACCAGGGGAUCUUGGUGCAGCUUACUCAAACAGAGAAAUCCUAAUGUGGCUUUUGAUUUCGAUCACUGGGAAGAAUGUAAAGAGGACAGCCAGUUCCCCCAGGUUGUGAAUUCUAAAAACCUGCCGUGCAAAGUGGCAGAGGGGGCUGAGAACAGUGACCGGACAUCGGAGGAUGACGGAAGUGAGAGUGAAUGAGCACAAGUCCGAUCCGGAAGGGUGGCCCAAACUGCACACGGACAGAUGGACACGUCGUGUGGCUGGGAGCUCAGG